GUUGGCUGGAUUGUGAUAUCGACAGAUGUCUAGAAAAUUGUGUGAGGGGCACUCGUCGGAUAGUCUACAACACACGGACCCCAGGCUGCACCUCGGAGAGCAGGGGCGGAAUCUGCAGCUGUCACUCCAAAAAGCCUUACCUCCAUUACCACAUCCAGCCACAGAUUGCAAAAGAAGCCGAGCUGGUUACGCACUAGAAAUACAGGAAACAUCAUGGGAGGCAAGCUGAGCAAAAAAAGAAAAGGAUAUGAUGUGAGCGAUCCAAAAGACAAGAAGGAUGAAUCCCCUGCAACAGUUGCAAGUGCAGACAACUCUGCUAAAGGGGAAGGUGGAGCCCCGCCUACAGGAGAAGAGACAACAGCAGAGGCAGGCAACGUAGAAGACGAAAAGGCUGUGACAGCAGAGGCAGCGGUACCUCAAGAGUCAGAAGCACCUGAAAAAUCUGAGAAGGAACCAGCGGCACAAUCAGAUUCCCCAGCUGUGGAAGAACCAGUAGCAUCUACUGUUAAGGAACCAGUUGCAGAAGCAGCGCCAGAGGAUGUAGCUCCAGUUGUAGAGGAACCAGUCGUGGCAGCAGAUGAAGCCGCUACAGUAGCAAAAGAACCAGCUGCUGCAGCGGAUAAAGCAGCUCCAGUUGUAGAAGAACCAGUUGUGGCAGUGGUGGAAGUAGCUCCAGUGAAAGAAGAACCAAGUGCAGAAUCAAAGGAGCCAGCUCCAGAAAAAGAAGAAGCAACUGUAGUAUUGGAACAAAGUGCAGCAGUACAAGAGCAAGCUCCAGAAGACCUUGCAGUGGCUGCUGUAGCAGAGAAACCUUCAGCCCCAACAUCAGAAGAAUCUGUGCCAGUCGAAGCUGAACCCAAGUCUGAAGAGGUCCAUGAAGAAGAACCUGUUGCAGUUGCUGAAUCGGUGUCAGAGGCCACCAAAGCGCCAGAGCCCAUCCCAGAGACUGAGCCUGAAGCUACUGUGGAGGAGACCGUGGUCUCUGCAGCUGUCCCUGAGCCUGAACCGGUGGCUGAGCCAGCAGCUGAACCAGUGCUGGAGUCAGCCACAGAACCAGAGGAAGAGCCCAAGCAAGAGCCAGAGCAAGCAGCAGAGCCAGAGGCGGAGCCAGAGAAAGAAGAAGAGCCUGAGCAAGAACUGGAGCCAGAACUAAAACAGGAACCAGAGCCAGAGAUUGUGGAGACAACAGAACCUGAGCCUGAAACAGAACAAGCCCCAGAGGCAGAGCUGGAACAAACAUCAGAGCCAGGACCUGAGCAAGAGGCUGAGGCUUUGAAAGCUACAACAGAGGAUCAAGUGGAAGAAACUGAAGCUGAGCCGGUUGUAGCCACUGACGUGAGUGAAGUGGCGACUGUGGGAGGAGACUCUUCUGAUUUCACGGAGGCUACCGCAGAGGAUACCCUCAUUGAUCAAGCUGCAAAAGAGGAAUCUUUUACACCAGAAGCUCCCAGCACUGAGGUGCCAGAUGAGCUCAAGGAAGCAGAACUUGUAUCUGAGGUUGUCAUCGCCUAUGCGUGCGAAGCUGCUGUCAAAUCUGAAAAGGCAGCUGAGCCCUCCGUGGAAGCAGUGCCUCAAGCAGAGCCGGAGGUGGAAAAGAAGUUGGAAAAUGGAGAUUUAAAGAGCCCCUCUGUUACCGAGGAUGCAAUUCCAUCUGUGAAUGGGGAGUGUAAAGAUCCUGACACUGCCAUGGCCACACAGGCAGAGGAAUGUGUUAAUGGGGGUGAAAUGCCAGAGGAGAUCCCUAUCAAGGAGCCGAGUGACCUUGAACUGAAAAAGGACUUGAACCUGAGUGGGGAUGGUCCAGAAUUUCCUGAUGCAGUCUCAGACAUGGUGGAUGGCCUGAGCACUGAGGUCACUCAAGAAGCUUAAAAGCAGGAAGCAUCAUUCAAAUCAAGUAUAAUUCCCCCCGUGGUGCAAGAAAGCCGUCGAGGUAUCACAAACACAGCUACGCUUUCUGAAAUGCUGUAACCACUGCAAUCUCUUUAGUGGCAACUCAGGCAAAAAGGAUGCUUUCUCUUGAGUAACCAAAAACGAAGCCCAACCACUUGAGGAUAGAGGGACACAGGGAGAUAUUUAUAGUGAGAUAGAAGUGCCGUGAAGAGACUGAAGUUUGGAAUUCGAGUACAGAAAAGCAGUGAAGCUGGACAGCUUGGCAAAAAAAAAAAAAAAAUACUGGACAGCAAAAACGACAUUGUUCAGUAAAAUAAAGGAAUGUGUCUGUGUGUGUGAGGCCGAUGAAUAUUACAAAGUGGCUUAAUGGAAAAUCUGUCAUUAUUAGUAUAUUAUUUGAUUUUAGAAACUCAAAUAUCCUUUCUAUUACUAUAUGCAAAGACGUGAUGUGUUUUGGCCUUUUAUAGUAAUGGUACCUGUAAGGAUUGUUUAAUUAAAACCAAUUGUUCAGAAUAGAGAAUAAAAAGAGACUGUUUUAGUCUACA